AUGGCGGGGCGGGAGGUCGUGCCGCGGACCUGGCCGUCAGGGCUCAAUGCAGCCGAGCGCAUCAAGGCCGAACGAGAGCAGCAAGGCGGCGCGGAGGACGAGGAGGUCUUUGAUGAGCUGCUAUGGAAUCAGCAAGUCACUGACCUGCACCGGGUCAUGGAAGUGGCGAAGUCUGUCUGGCUUCUCUUGGAGCACAGCAACGAGGCCAUGGUGCGCGUAGCACUGGAGAUUGCCUUGGACCGGAAUUAUAAGAAAGUCCUUUGGUGGCCCGACUUCUGGUUUUCGGACCACGACAAGCGUGAAUAUUUCAAGGAGAUUGUGAGGAUCAAGCUCGCCAUUGCCAUCGCCAACGCGAAAGGUUCGGCGGUGGACCUCUCGGAGUUUCAGAAGAACGAGGAGGAGAGCGAGUUGGUGAUCGGGCUGCGGAAGAAGAUCUCCGAGCUGGAGGAGGCGCUCCGGAUGGCCCGGCAAGCCCAGGAGGCCGCCGAGGCGCGCUGCCGGGAGCUGGAGGCGGCGGCCGCCGAGGCUGCCCAGCGCAUGGCGGCCAUGGAGAAGUCUCUGGAGCAGCUCCGGAAGGAGGUCAAGGAUGCCUACAGGAACUCUCUUGUCGACAAAGGCAGCGAUGCAUCAGAGGAGGAGAUCGUGAAGCUCAAGCAGCAGCUCAAGAUGAGUGAAGAACAGCGGGUGAAGCUGGAGGAGAUGAUUGCGCAGUUGAAGAAGCAGUUGCAGCAAGCGUCGGCUUCUGGAGACGCCUCCGCGCAGCUCAGUGUCUUGGCAAGCGCGCGGAAGCGGAUCGAAGACCUGGAGAACCGGCUGAAGGAGGCCCAGAAGGAGAUUGCUGCCUUGAAGAAGCAGAAGAGCCCCGCUCCGGUAAAGACGGAAGGAAAAGCUACGGUCGACGGCGAAGCCUUCCGCAGACUCAGUGCGGAGUUGGAGGAAGAGCGGCGCAAGCGGGAAGAGCUCGAGGAGCUGCUUCAAAAAGCUCAGGAAGAGAUCGAGCUGCUGAAGAAGGACCUCGACGCCGAGCGGAAGAAGGCGGGGGCCGCCGAGCUGAGCGCGGAGCUGAAGCGGCUGCAGCAGCUUGACGGCAAGAAGCCGGAAGUUCUCCAAGAAGUGCAGCAGGUAAGCAUCCCGGGCGGCAUGACGGAUGAGCAGCUGGCGGAGCUGGAAGAGCUACGGGCGAAAGCAGCCGAGCUCGAGAAGUUGAAGGCGAAGCUGAAGAAGCGUGACGCACAGAUCGCUGCUCUGCAAGAGGCUCUGAAACGCGAGAACGACAAACUGAACGAGGAGCAGAUGCGGCUGCUGAAGAUGCUGAAGCAGGUCCGGGAGCAGCUGCGCAUCGUCAUGGAGCUGGCGGAGAAGAAGGGUCUGGGGGAUGUGAUCAAGAAGCUCUUCGAGGAAGCCGGUUUGGGCACCACCAUGUCUGAUCCGGACUACACGUGCUUCGAUCGACUCUACGACGAUGCCCUCAGGCGGAUGGACAAGCAGCGCCGUCUCGAGUGGUACCGCCUCGGGAACACCGGUGAGCCUCCGCCAUCCUUCAAGGCGAGGCGAGCGCAUUUCUUCUGGAAAGCGUCCUUUUCACGAUGUCCCCCAUCAGAAUUGCAUGGAACUCUUGGGCAUGGCUCAAGCAUGAGUUGCAGAGGGGGGGGCGCCCAUGCGCCCACAUAA